AGGCGGUGCCUGAUCUGCCUGGUGCAGAAAGCGCGACACGUUUGCUGCGUCUGAGAAGCAUCCAGGUGGUCAUUGGUGUAUAUCAUUACACUCAUCUUCUUUGCAUAGUGCAGGAGGAUCCCGGCGCGGGCGCAUGGUGAUUGUAUUGAUAUUAACUGCUUGGUAAGUGAUCAAUGGAUCUGUGUGUUCUUCCUUCGUCGAAUGUCGAGUCUGGCAUCUCACAGUCGUCUCUGAUUGGUCAGUGGACCAAUAAUGACGGCUGUUUCUAUAGCAAACCGUCUCAACUAGAUAUCGACGACGAGCUGCUCUCUGCUGUUGACGAUUCACCGGAGCUGGCGUCAUUUGAUAUCAGUGAAAUGAAUGCACCUUUGUCAGGUCGUCAAGGCACAAUACCAAUGUUUGGAUUGGUUGACGCCCCAUCUCCUACUCCAAUCAUUAUGUGUCAGCAAGACACGUUUGUGCCAACAGAAAGUAACAGUUUCUCGCUGUUGAAUAGAGGAGAAGAACUGGACUCUAGUCUCAUGUCGACUGUCACAACUAGCAAUGAGCUACAGCUGGAAGCGUCCAGUCUGCACCAGCUGCUGCAUCCAGUAGAUUCCGUGAUCAAGUCAGAGCCGCAGGAGAUGAUGCAACUCAGUGCAGACUACUUUGCGAAGCUGCUAAUGCCGACGGCAUUCGAACAUCCAACAGCUCCAGCGAUCAUGACACCUGCAGUUCAAGGUCCAAUCAGUAGUGCAUCCGUUGGUUGUUCAUCCAUCUUGCCUAGUUUGUCAAAGUACGACACGCCGUCGUUCCACUUUCCACCGUUGACAUUUGCCAACAGCCUUCCCAGUCCGGAAAGUUUGCCAUCAACCCCACAUGUCGAGCAAGCGUUGCCCCCACUCUCAACCAUUUUAACAUGUGACUAUCCGUGUCAGUUGUAUUCCACACUGUCCAGCAAGCCAUCUUGUAGUGUGUCUCGUUCUGCAUCUCGAAAGAGCAAGAAGUCUUCAGAAAUGAAGAGAAAGCGCUUGGAAACAACCGGUUUGUAUUCCAAAUUGUAUGGUGACAGUUUGCUGAGAAAGAAAUCGAAGGGAGGAGGACGACGAUCGGGUCAGAUGAAAUUCAAGAAAACAGAUAAUCAGUUGGCUAUUCUUCGGACGUAUUUUAGUCUCAAUAAGAUGCCAUCAAGGGAGGGCAUAAUGAAACUUGGUGAGAUUACUGGAUUGACUUUUCAAGAAGUCAGAAACUGGUUCAGAAAUGCACGACUGAGGUACAAGGAACCAUUAACAGCAACUUGUGACAUCAGUAUUUUGAAGGAUGUUCCUGGAAUUCCUGAGCAUGUUUUUCAGCAACAUUGCAAUACAGAAUCUGUCAACAAUUUGGUCAGCCAGGCAUACGUCACUUCAUAUUCUCCUGCACCUAAAAAACGAAAGGCAGAGACGUCAACCAUUAACUGCACUACCACCAAGACAGAAGAAGGAACUCGCCGUAGCGAACGCAUUCGAACGGGAUGGAGAUCGGCAGCGAUGAUGGCUGCUCUAUUGGAAGCCGAAAAAUAUCAACCAAACAAAGCCAGAGUUGGUAGUCCUGACAGAGACUGUUUCUCGUGUGUCAAUGUGUUACAGUCAGCCACACACAACUGCAAUACAUGCUCGAGUGUUCCAGAAAUUGUAGUUACUCAAGAUGAGCUGGAGAAGUCUCUACAGUUUGGACAACCGAAACAAAGCAACCUGCAGCAACGUGCGGACAACAACAGCUACAGCAAUGGUAGUGAUUCAGCUGGGUUGUUAUUGCCGUGUGGUGAAGUGGCUUCUGGUCAACUCACUCCACCUACGACUCCAUCAACAAAGUCUGCUGACUUCAUUGAUGGUGUUCUAUCGUCAAGCAAACUGACAACACACAAGGAUGUAUCAACUACGUGUCAGCAGAUUUCACAAGAAGAGUUUGAUGUGGUAAAGGACAGAUUUGUGAAGUCAUUUACACAUCAUCCACCUGAAUCAAAGGAAAGAAAGGAACUACUGAGAGCUCUUGUACAAGAGUUGGAUGUGAGAGAGAAAGCUUCUCUACAUGUCAUGGUUUCAGCAAGACUGACGCAAUCAACAUCCAAUGACAGCAUGUAUCACAUCAACAUGAAGGACAGAGCCAGAGAUGCUUGGGAGAACCUGCAAGAUUUAUUCAAACGAAAGAAUACGAAUGGAACAUAUCAGACGAAUUUGGAUUCUCAAUCUGUUUACCUACGUGGUGCAGAAUCGACGGAUGUGUCUCUCGCUUUGCAAAGCAGAAUGGAUGAGGACAUGUUUGAAGGCCUCAAGGGAAUGUUCCAGGCUCGUCUAGAUUAUCUUCAUGCUGUCUGGAAGCAGAAGAACUCAGUGGGUUCAACCACCAGACAUGGACUCAGGAAGUCAAGUGUCUGUACUGACAGUGAUGACAGCAUUGAAGGCAAGGUGUCUGACCUGGAUGAACGCGUGAACUGAAGCGUCUAUGACCAUGACUUUUCUAUUGUUGUUUUCAUGGAGCAUUAUUUUUCAUCAUAUUUUUAUAUUUUUAUUGAGCUUUGGGCAUGCUGCUUGUGUGCUGCGUCUUGCUCACAGUGUCACGCUAUAUUAGCAGCCGCUGGCGGCUGAAUAUACGAUAGUUGCUGUCGUUUUAUUUCUUAACAAGUGGUGUGAUCCGACUGUUA